AUGUUCGUUCGAGAAGAUGUGUCACGGCAGCUAGGGCUACCGGUACUGGAUGAAGUAACUGUGCGACUGAACACAUUUGGGGACCCAGAAACGUCAGUAAGUUCACACAGAAGAAGACUGGUUCAGGUGCGUUUGCGGAGCCAGUACGAUCAGAAAGAGCAUCUGAUUGAAGCCGUAGAAAUUCCUUUCAUCUGUAAGGACCUGGCAGACGCCACGGCAAAUGACAGCUUCGUGGACGCCAUCAGAAGGGAGGGCGGUUCCAUUGUCGACGAAAUGUUCUUCCCAGGAGCGAAAGCCGAAGCAGGAAUCUGUCUUUUGAUUGGAGCGGAUCUGAUGUGGGGGUUCCUAAAGUCCGAUGUGCGACGGUCAGGUGCGGACGACCGUACAGUUGCGGUGAACACGCAGUUGGGCUGGACGUUCCAAGGUCGCACCGCUGUCCUGUCGUCAGUCACCGGAGACGUCACGCUUACCUGCGCGUUACACGUGGAGGCAAGUACCGAGGAAAGGCCGUUUGAUCUCCGAAUGUUCUGGGAGCUGGAUGGUCUUGGGAUAACAGACGGCGCAAAUGACCAGCGCUCAGAGGACGAAGCAGUGUGGCUACAUUUCCAGGACACCAUCCAAAAGGAGGACGGCCGAUAUAAAGUGAGUUUGCCGUGGAAGACUGGCAGUGCCACGUUGAGGGACAACCGGGGAGUGGCUGAGCGUAGGCUGAGAAGCCUGAUGAAGAGACUUCGUUCGAACAAAACUCUUCUGCUGGAAUACGAUUGUGCGAUGAGGAAGUACCUCAACGACGGACAAGCAGAGGUAGUUACCGAAGCGGAGCAAGCACCAACAGAGCAUAUUUACUAUAUGCCACACCAGGCGGUUGUCCGGGACAAUUCAACGACAACGAUGCUGAGAGUUGUCUUUGAUGCUUCCUCGCAUGCCCCGGGGACCGCAUCUCUGAACGCGCAUCUCGAAAAGGGACCGAAGCUAAACACGGAACUACUGCCGCUGCUGCUGCGCUUUCGGACGGUCAAGGUCGCUCUGGUGGCGGACGUUGCCAAAGCGUUCCUCCAAAAUGUAGUCAGGGAAGAGGAUCGUGACACACUUCGUUUCCUGUGGUGUAACGAAACGCCGAAGGAAAAUGGUCAGUUGCACGACGUGGAAGUCUGGAGAAUGACCAGAGUACCGUUCGGUACAACCUCCAGUCCUUUCCUUUUGUCGGCGACAAUACGGUACCAUCUAAAGAAUGUGGAAGAGCACCUACAGGAAACGGCAGCGCAUCUUGCAAAUUCCUUUUAUGUGGAUGACCUAUUGACUGGCGCUUCAAGCGAGGAUGAAGCUGAACAACUGUACAAGGACGCGAAUACCGUCAUGGGGGCGGCUGGGAUGGAGUUAAGAAAGUGGGCAUCGAAUUCCCCGGUUCUCAAUCGCCUCUUCGCAGAUCACGAGCCACGCUUAGAAGAGCACCUCGCUGCGACCAUAGAAACAGGACUUUUGGGAUUACGGUGGAAUCGACACACUGACAGCAUCAAGCUCGCGGAAUGCAGCCCACCCAACACCACGUCGGCGGGCAACACGAAACGGUCAGUGCUACAGCUCUCAGCCUCGAUUUUCGACCCACUUGGUGUUGCCAGUCCAUUCACGAUACGGGCUCGCAUGCUCUUCCAGCGCAUCUGGCAGCAUGGUCUUCAUUGGGACGGCGAACUACCUGAAGAAAUAGAUGGGUAG